AUGGCCGCCCUCCAGGGAUGGGCGUACCACAGAAAUGGGGAACUGCCCGCGCUCCUGGACGUCUCCCGCUCCUCGCUGGUGCGGGACUGGGACUCCCUGACCCUGGACAGGGCUCUAGAGUGGGCCCGGUAUUUCCAACAUCUCCACGAUCGUUUCCGCGCUCGGCCUCGGCUCCGGGAGGCCCUGGGGCGGCGGCUGCGGCGGGGUCAGCCGAGCCUUCUGCUGGGCUUCCCCCACCUGGGACGCUGCCUGCAGUUGCUGGGCCUGGGACAGGAUGGGGACAGCCUGUGCGGAAACCAAGCGAGUGGAACAGGAGACGACUAUGUUGCCGGGCCCCUGCUUUCCUGGCUGCAGGGGGACCUCGAGCGAUUUUCUGCCUUCUGCCUUUUCCUCCCAGGCUCCCUUCUUGCCUCCCUAGCUGGCCAUUAUUCCCAGUUCAGCAGACCUUAUUUAGACCUCUUAACCAGCUGGGGAAGUCACUUGCUCUAUGACCCGUUGCAGGGACGGUGGGUUAAAAGUUGUCUUGACAAGGCUGAAUUGUCCUGGGAGGAGCUGAGGGAGCGCCUCAGCUGCCUCUGUCGGGGAUCUGUGCUGCUCAGGGGACAGACCCAAGCUGCUCUGAAACUCUUGAAGGCACGGGAUGGAGACUUCAAAGUCCGUGGCCUAAGUGUGUGGACUGACUUACUGAUGGAAGUAGAGGAAUAUCUGAGGAAAGAAGCAGAGCGCUAA